GCUUUCAUAAACCGGGACAGCACCGAGAGAGAAGUUUCACUCUGCAUCAGUGCACCAAUAUUUCACAUUCAUUCUCCCUCUCUUGUCUCUCUGUGAGUUUCUCCAGGACUGUCCCAUCAUGCGUCUCCAGUUGGUCCUUUGCGUAACAGCCCUGCUCGUCUGCCCUGAUCUCAUCCUCGGGUCUCGGAUAGCCAAACGCUUCGCCAUCGGCUGCUCAGAGAAGUGUGACAAGUCGCAGUGUGCACCAAUCGCUGCGGACUGUUUGGCCGGGGAUGUGCUGGACAGCUGCGACUGCUGCCCGGUGUGCGCGUCCGGAGAGGGCGAGCAGUGCGGCGGCACCGGAGACCAUGAGUGCGCCGAGGGGAUGGAAUGUGUGGUGACCGACGGCGUGGAGGUGUCCGCCACGGUCAGGCGUAGGGGCAAGCCCGGUGUAUGUGUGUGCACCGUCUCUGACCCGGUGUGUGGCAGUGACGGCGUCUCGUACCGGAACAUCUGCGAGCUGAAGCGCGUCAGCAACCGGGCCUUGAAGCUGCAGCAGCCGCCAGUCAUCUUCAUCCAGAGAGGAACCUGCGGGAUAGGUCAGCAGAAUCCUGACAGUCUUCGCUUCAAGUACAACUUCAUCGCUGACGUGGUGGAGAAGAUCGCACCUGCUGUCGUUCACAUUGAACUGUACCGCAAGAUGGUAUUCUCUAAGCGGGAGGUGGCAGUAGCCAGCGGCUCCGGGUUUGUAGUUUCAGAAGAUGGACUCAUCGUCACCAACGCUCACGUGGUGGCCAACAAGCACAGAGUCAAGGUGGAGCUGAAGAGCGGAGCCACAUACGACGCUAAGAUCAAAGAUGUGGACGAGAAGGCUGACAUCGCUCUGAUCAAGAUUGAUGUACCGAUGAAGCUGCCGGUGCUGCAGCUCGGCCGGUCUGCGAGCCUGCGUCCUGGAGAGUUUGUGGUUGCCAUCGGCAGCCCGUUCUCCCUGCAGAACACCGUCACCACCGGCAUCGUCAGCACCACCCAGAGGGGGGGCAAGGAGCUGGGCCUCCGCAACUCAGACAUGGACUACAUCCAGACGGACGCCAUCAUCAACUACGGCAACUCAGGAGGACCACUCGUCAAUCUGGAUGGGGAGGUGAUUGGCAUCAACACUCUGAAGGUCACAGCAGGAAUCUCCUUCGCAAUCCCAUCAGACAAGAUCAGACAGUUCCUGGCAGAGUCACACAACAGACAGCCAAAAGGUAAAACGUUCCAGAAGAAGAAAUACAUCGGCGUCAGGAUGAUGAGUCUCACCUCAUCGCUGGCUAAGGAGCUGAAGGAGAGCCAGUCAGACUUCCCAGAUGUCACCUCCGGGGCGUACGUCAUCGAGGUCAUCAGCCGGACUCCAGCUGAGGCUGCUGGCCUGCAGGAGAAAGACGUCAUCAUCAGCAUCAACGGCGAGCCAAUCGCCUUGGCCAGUGAUGUGAGCGCAGCCAUAAAGCGGGACGAGUCGCUGAGAAUGGUGGUGAGGCGAGGCAACGAGGACAUCAUCCUCAGCAUCGUCCCAGAGGAGAUCGAGCCCUGACCUCACAGCUGAACGAGUACAAUCAACAGCCCAACCAGUCAACCCAUCCCCAGUUGGCUCCGUGUUUUGCCACCAAUCAUGAACACUUUGGAAAACUAAGCAACCAAUAGGAGUGUGUGUCUGGGGCCUCACCGACUGCAUAUAAAAACGUUUCUUUAUUAGCCCAACUACUAGGCCUACUUUUCUUCUGUUAAACUUGCGCACACCCUUAAAAGGGCAACUUUAAGACCCUAGGAACUGAUGCUUCAACCCUUACGAAAUAUUUCUUAAAGCAGUUUAUUUUCUGAUCCCGAUUUACUUUUCAUCAUCACAGACCUUUUAUGUAAAACUAACCCACGUCUGUAGCUGCAAAGAGGAUACUGCAGGUUACCGUAGGUCUGUUCCGAUGUGUUUGCCCUUGAUGGAAUAUUUUUUUAAUAGUAUUUUUUGUCUGUAUGUGUUUGAUGAGAAUUUUUCAAAAAAAAUAAAAUACAUUUUAGUUUUAAAA